AUGUCAAAAGUACUUUUCACUGUCACUGAGAACGAAAAACUUGUGGAAAUGGUAGCUAAAUUCAAUUGUUUGUACGAUUUGGGUUGUAAACUCUACAAAAAUCAGACUAUCAAGGAUAAUGCUUGGAAAGAGGUAGCUGAACAAGUAAAAAGAUCUGUAGAGGAUGGUAAAAAAAGGUGGAGGAACAUCAAGGACACGUACCAUAAAAGGAUUAAGAAAGGAAUGGGAACUGGAUCAUCUGCUUUAAGUAAACCUAAGCAUUGGUCAUUAGCUGAUAUGCUGUCGUUUCUUGGAAAAGCUGAUUACAAGCGAGAUAGCAUAUCAAAUAUUGAGUGUGGCGAGGAAGGUGGAGACGAUUAUUCGAAUACAGACAAUUCGAAUGAAGACCCAACUCUAUAAACGUCGACGUUGCAAAAACCACUAAAAAAUAAACGUCAAAAAUAUAAUGAAAAAGUUAUACAGCUUCUAGAAGAUAGGCGUAUUGAGAGAAAUGAGAUCAUGAAGAAUAUGGCUCAAAAUCGUGAAGAUGAGGUCGAUUUAUUUUUUAAAAGUAUCGCGAUGUCUGUCAAAAAACUAAGUCCAGCAUUGAUAUAUGAAGCAAAAAUGAGGUCGCUUCAAAUGGUCUUCGAAUUAGAAACACGCAAUACGAGUACAUUCGUAAAUUUACCACAAUAUUCACCGGCGCCAAGUACAAGUUUCUCAUCACAGUUAAUGGAAAGUGUGGACGUUAAUGAUUAUGGAAAUGUAAACGAAGUCAAUCCCCAUGAGCCUAAUUACGUACAAUUAUAG